AUCCCGACAUUUUGGCUGAUUGGGCUCAAAUCGCGGAGGCAGAGAGCUGUCUAGCGUGUAACCGGCGAUUACACGGCUGCCUAGACCGAUUUUUAAAACAGGGGUCGUAGUUAUGGUUACAUUGAUAUGAGUAUAUGUUUCCAAAGCAACCGAAUCGAUGAAAAUGGAGAUACGAAGAGACAUUUGAAAAGAUUCGAAAAGACUACUCGCUUUCUCUUCUGAGUUUAAUACACCACCACCGAGCAUUAACCCAAUCACAACCAGGCUGAUCACAAGAUAAAUCGACAUAAUUUUACAGUGCACAAAACUAUAAAAUCAUAAAGAAAAAAAGAAAAAAAGCUUAUUGCGUUUCCAAAAAUUUCUCAAUCGCUCUUUCUCUUUCUUUCCAAAAUCCCGAUGGCUAAGAAGAAGCAACCUCAGCCUCCUCUGGUUACUCCAUCUCCGGCGAAGGAGCCGUCGGAAGUUGCAUCUCCGGUUAAGAAGCCGUCAGAACUCGCCUCUACUUCUUCUAAUAAGAAGCAACCUGAACCGCUGCAAAAUCCAUCAUCGGAAUCUGGUUCAGAGUCAGAAGAAUCGGGCUCCGAAUCUGAAGGAGAAGAAGACAAAACACCCAAGAAUCCAGAAACUGAUUCUGCUCCGGUUGUAGCCAAUGAAAUCUCAGGUUCAAAGUCUGAGAGUGUAUCUGACUCUGAAUCUGAGCCAACUCAUGCUCUUGCUUUCAAUAGUAUUAAAAGCUCAUUCAGUUUCGAGGUGAGUUUGCAUCAGUGCACCAACAAAAUCCGGGGUUUAAAGAAAAAGUAUGUCAAGAAAAUGAAGAACGGUGGUGAGGCCUCAAUUACAAAGCGUCAUGAUCUUAUGUGUUUGGCACGUGUUAAGGAGAUUUGGGGAACUACUGAUGUCGAUGUUGUUGACUCUACUCCUGUUGUGAAAUCAAACAAGAAUAAGAAGGAAGGUGAGGAGGUUAAUAGGGUGAAGAAUGAUGAUGACUCUUUGAUGAUGGUUGACGAUGGUGAUUGGUUUGAAAGGUCAUUUAUUCGUGGUGCGAUUACGAGUUUUGGUGGUGUGAUGGUUGAUGAAGAAGCUGUGAAAGCAAAAUGGAGGUUGGUACCGGUCACGAAGAAGAAGGGAAUCGAGGAUAAAUGCAAGUCAUUGGAAGCUGAGGAGAUGAAAUGCUUCUUGCUAAAGGCUGAGAUUCUGAGUGAGGUGAGUUCUGCUCUUGCUAAAUCUGACUAGAGAGAGAGAGAGAUAUAAUCUAUUUGAAGAUGCAUUUGCUCCUUUUUCCUUUUUGGUUUCAUGUUGGAUCUUUAUUUUGGUUUUUGGUUGUAAUUGACUAAUUAGUUGUAUCAGCUAAUUAGUUAGUAUCAGAUGCAUCUUUGUUUUUUCUUUUGGGGGUCGAAGUAACAGCGAACUAUCUGAUGGCUGAUCUUAUUUUGCUACGAUGAAAUUCAUGAUUAUGUAAUCCAAAAUCUUUAAUUGUA